UAUAUUUUAUCUUCGUUUUGACGUGCGGCGGGAUUAAGUGUUAAGUGCGUGUGUGCAACCAUUCGAAAUAAGGCAAGACAAAGUCUUUUUGGAUACAAAAGAAUCACGCUCACUGGUACGCGGUCAUAAAAAAAAGGUGGAUAUAGGAUUGGCGAAAGAAGAUCCUUCUUAGUGGUGAGACAUUGUUUCAAUGUUAUCUUUUAUUAUUAUUUCCUUUUGCACGAUUCUUAAAUACACAGAAAAAUAUAUUUUAAACAAUUAUUUUAUAGGCGAGGAGCAGUUUUGAGAGCAAAAUCAUAUGUUAUGCGUUUAUGAUUAUGUAUCUAAUCUAAUGUGUCUGUAUGAGUGCCCUGAAUUAAUUGAAGCUUGGGGUAAUGAAUUUGAAGCUUUGUAUACCAGAUAUGAAAAAAAAAACAGGUUCUCUCAUCUGUAUUGUACGUCUCGAAGACAAAUUAAAGCCAGAGAGUUGAUGAGGCUUUUCAUUAUUCAAAUACAAUUCAAAACAGGAGUGCCAUAUAUAGUUUUUAAAGAUCAUUGUAAUCGCACAUCAAACCAUCAGAAUCUGAGCACAAAGCUAUAAACGAACUCAACGUCCAAAUUUUUGAGACUUUAUUAUGGCGCUCUAGAAGCAAGUUGCGAAAUAAUUACCGAGAAAGGUCCUUAUGAGUCAUAUGAAGGCAGUCCAGUUAGUAAAGGUUACGACAUGUGAAACCAACAAAUUUAUGGAAUUUUGGAUAUUUUGAAGGUAAAAAUUGCUAAACACGGAGUGCGCAAUUCUUUGUCGGAUAGCUUCAGCUCAUUUUUCUUCAGUUUAUUUUCUCCUGAACUCUAUUGUCUUUAUUGUUCUAUACAGAGAGUCGAUUCAAAGGAGAACAAAAAGUUGACAUUUAUUGAAACCAAAUUUAUUAUAAAUCUAUUGGUACUAGUAUACAGCAUUUGCCGUUUGUGCGUGCCAGGAAAAUUUCUCGGAAAAGCGUAUGUAUAAUCACAUAUUUUCUUAAUGGAUAAAAAACGGAAAAGAUUUUCAUGUUACUCUCAAAGACAUAUUCGAAGAUUGAUUGCACAAAAUACUGCUAUAGAUGUAGAUAGUAAUAUAGUCGAACCAACACCAGGUUGUUCUUAUGUAUCUUCCACUGAAAAAAAAAUUUCAGGCAAAAUAUUUCAAAAUCAAAAUGAUAAUACAAUUCCAAAAUCAAGUACCGAUUCUGAUAGUGACGAUGAUAAUUUUGACAAUAAUGUUAACUUUAAUAUUGUUAAUAAUAUAGAUUCAACAGAAAAUAUCGAUGAUGUACGUUUAUCUGACGAAGUUGAAGAUUAUUUACAGUCAACAAGUGAAGUUGAAGAGUUUGAGUCAGAAAGUGAAUCGGCAAAUGAAAAUGAUAAUGCAAAUGUACAAAAUUAUAAUGAUUUUAAAAAUGAUUUGUGUCAUUGGUUUAUAAAUGAUCGUAUAUCGCAUAAAUCUGUACGCAAUUUAUUGGUUAUUUUACGGAAACGUACAGGUUUGCCAUUUCCUAAAGAUCCGCGGACUUUGCUAAAUACUCCCAAAAAUGUCGAAUAUAUUCCUGCAGAAAUGAAGUAUUAUCAUUUUGGUUUUAAGAAAGCUCUUACGAAAAUGCUGCGAGAACAUGUUCAUCAAGUUGGUCCCACUAAUAUUCUUAAAGUUUUUAUAAAUAUUGAUGGAUUACCGAUUACGAAAUCUGGUAAUGCUUCUUUGUGGCCUAUAUUAUUAUGUUCGAAUUCUGUUACGAAAUCGGUAUAUAUUGUUGGGGCAUACUAUGGCGAAGCAAAACCUGCAAAUAAUAAUCUCUUCUUGCAACAAUUUGUCGAUGAAGCAAUUUUAGUAAUAAAUAAUCCAUUAAUAAUGAUGACGGACAAAGAGUUGAAAUUAAGAUCCAUGGGUUAAUAUGUGACGCCCCAGCUAAGUCUUUUAUUUUAAAUAUUAAAAACCAUAAUGGAUAUAAUAGUUGUACGAAGUGCACUAUUCAAGGAAAGUACAUUAACGGACGAGUAUGUUUUCCUACAGAAAAUUUUGCUUUAAGAACUGACGAAGAUUUUAGAAAUUAUAAGUAUGAUCAUCAGAUAGGAGAAACAAUAUUAAACAGUAUUCCUAACUUUAAACCUGUAACAGACGUACCGCUGGAUUAUAUGCAUUUAGUGUGUUUAGGAGUUGUCAAAAAACUAAUUUUACUUUGGCAUAUUGGACCAAAUUCAGUGAAACUUUCGAAUUAUAUGAAACAAAUGAUAUCAGACGCAUUAAUUAAUUUACGAAACACAGUGCCUUCUGAGUAUCAUCGAAGACCGAGAUCUUUGAAAGAUUUUAGACUAUGGAAGGCAACUGAAUUUCGCCAAUUCCUUUUAUAUACUGGUCCGGUCGUACUAAAAAAUAUUUUAAGAAAAGAAAUUUAUUUAAAUUUUUUAAGUUUACAUGUUGCAAUGACUAUUCUUACAAGCCCAAUUCUUUCAAAACAUAUUGUUAAUGUAGACUAUGCGCAAAGUUUAUUAGAAUAUUUUGUUAAUUCAUUUACUCAAAUUUAUGGUGAGCAAUACGUUUCUCAUAAUAUUCACAAUUUGUUACAUAUUUGUACAGACGUUAAAAAAUAUGGUUCUGUAGAUGAGUUUAGUGCAUUUCCGUUUGAAAAUCACAUGACAUAUAUUAAAACACUGAUUCGUAAAUCAGAUAAAUCUCUUCAGCAAUUAGUAAAAUGGUACGCUGAAAUAGAAAUGUUGGGUUUUAAGACCUUAAAUUCCAUUAACUGUUAUAAUAACAUGAGUUUCAAAAAAUCUCACAAAGCCGGACCUCUCAUAGACGGAUAUAAUGUUGUUUCUCAAUUCAAAAUACUUCAGACUAAUUCAUACUCAAUGCACUGCGCUAAUCAACAAAAUAAUUGUAUACUUUUAGAAAAUGGAAAUGUAAUUUUAGUUUUAAAUUUUGUAAAAUCUGAAGAUUCUAAAAAAUUAAUUAUUGGUAAAAAAUUAAAACGUAUUAAAAAUCUGUACUUGGUACCUUGCGAAUCAAGUACAUUUAAUAUACAAAUUGUGACUGAAGAGAAUCGCAUACGUGUAUGGCCAUGCGAAAAAAUUCAAGCUAAAAUGUGGAAAAUGCCUUAUAAAAAUAAUUUAAGUAUUGUGUUUCCUAUCAUACACACGUAAAAUUUAUUUUAUUAAUUUUUAAAAAAUCUGACUACAUUUCUUUAAUAUAAAAUAUGCUCAUAGUAAAUUAUUAAAUAAUGUAGCUAGGAUAACAUCUAAUAUAAUAAUGUAGCUAGGAUAACAUCUAAUAUAAUAUUUAAAAUAUAAUGGAUUUCAAUUAAUUCUACAAAUACUUGAUAAUUAAUAAUAUAUACGAAAAUUACGAUAACAUUAUAGUUUCAUUACAUACAUUAAAAAACGACAUUCUAAAGCUUCUUUUUUAUUUUAUUUCCUUUUUUUAUUUACUUAUUUACUUUCAUUAACUUUAUUUAUCUUUUCCUUUUAUUUACUACUAUUAUUAUGCAAGAUAAUUUAAAUUAAUGUUAAAUUAAUUCUUUUAGUUGCUCAUAUUAAAUUGCUGUAGCAAAAUUCCGACAAGAAAAUCCGAAAUCAAUUACGUAAUACGUUUUGUAUAGAAAAAUGUAUUCAUUUAUUUUAAUUAGUUUUUAGGAUAUUUAUAGGAUAUUUAACAAAAAUGUCGGAAUUUACAAUUGCGCUUUUUGAUGACGGACUCCAAUUGGUGCCUUCAUCGUGGAUUUAUAAUGAUAAUACAAUGUGUCACUGGCCGCCUUAUAUGAGCGAACAGAAAAUUCGGAAAAUAAUUAUCGCAAAAACCAGUCCUGAUUGCACCUGGACUACUCAUAAAAUUCUGCGCAUUUUCGGAACGUCAAGUACAUAUGAGUCAGGAAUUGAAAAAGUAAAACUUGCCCAAGAAUAUUCCGACUUGGAUACUUCCGACAUCGACAUUUCACGUCACAAACGUACAGCACGCCAAAAAAAGACAUUUAAAAAUGAUAAUUUUGUAUAUCCUUCGUCAGGUUCUGACGACAGCGAUCAAAACAAUAACACUGUUCCUGAAAAAGAAGUGACUGAGAAAAUAAGAACAUUUGCAACAUCACCGCCGCCGUUGCCGAAAUCAUUUAUUGCUAAUGAACCAACAAACACAAAAGUAACACAAAACAAAGAUCUGCAAAGCGAAGAACUUUUUUCUAAAAAAAAUAUGAACAAAGAGUCCUCAUCUACUUUGUUAGCCACUCGAGACACUACAAACAUAAAAGUAAUACAAAACGAAGAUCUACGAAGUGAAGAACUCUUUUGUAAAAAAAAUAUGAACAAAGAGUCCUCAUCCACUUUAGUAGACACUCCAGGCAAAAAUAUUCAGCCUGAAAUAUUGAGACGAUUAAACCAAAUAUUGGCAAAAUUAAAUUCAAUAGAUGAUCGUCUCUGCAAAGUAGAAGAAAAUCAAAAUAUUACCCAAAAGAAUAAAGAAAUAUCAGUUUUGCAAGAACUUGUAACUCUACCCUUAAAAACUAACGAGGAAUUACAAAACAUGGAGAAGGACCUCGAAAAUCAAGAUUUUUUCGAACAAAUGGCAAUUUCAUUUAAUAGAAUCGGAGGACGUGACAGUCACGAAUUGAUUAUAAACAUUUUAAAAAGAUCAAUCGCAAAUGAGUUAGCAAUACAAUACAGCUGGGCCGGAAAAUUAAAGAAAAUGGGAUUUAAGGAUCUGCUGCUUUCGAAAUGUAUUAUGCGAGCUGUGCGUAUUACGGACGAUAAAGUAACUGACAAAGACAUGAUACAAAACAUAUCUAAAUGGCUCGUACAAGCCACAUUAAGAUAUGAACGCAGCCUCGAACCAAAGAAAACUAAAUAUCAGAAUAAGACGGCAAAUGACGACAAAUAAUAUAUUUAACUUAUAUAUAUAUUUUAUAUAUAUUUCUUUUUAAUUAUAAAUGAGGUAAGCAAUAUGCGACCAUUCUGCAAUAGCGUAGUUGUAAAAUAUUGCAAGGCACAGUUACAAGUCCAUUUUUAUUAACGAAAAUAGAAUAGUAUCGUAACUUCCUUAUAUAUUA